GUCUCAGUUCACUCCCGCCUUACAAACGCCUGCGUUGGAUCUCCCUAUAGUGCUUGCUGUACUCGAGUGUUUCUCCAGGAAGUGUAUUUGAUAUUGGUGAUAAUGGCCUCCGCGACGACCCCCUUGUGCUUGAGCCUCCUCCUGCUGGCGGUCCUUGCGCCCGCUCUCGGCUACACCUGGGGCAGCAGUUACGAGAGCUACGACCACGACUUCUACCACCCGCGGUCGUACCAGAGGCAGGCGGAGCCCCGGAGCCUGUUCGCGAGAGCCCGGAGCAUCAUGCCCCGCUUCGCCGACGUGGCCGCCGAGACCGCCACUUCGCUGGCCAUCCCGGCCCUGGUCGUGCUGGCCUUCUCCGCCCUGUGGCCCGAACACCACUACUACAGGGUCAAGCGCGACUCGGGGGAAAUGACCACGCCCACUGAGGAGCUGACCGAACACAUGAUGAACGUGUACUUCGCAGCCAUGGAAUCGGACGAGUGCUUGCAGCGUGUGGUUUGCGAACUUGGUGCUUCCGCUAAGUCGCUUAAGCCACAAAACCAGAACAUUAUCGUUUCAAUGCUCGGCAGUGUUUCAUCCAAGAAAUACGCUUCCCUCUUCGAGAAAUUCAAGUCUGGAAUGAACUCUGAAAGAUGUCAGAAAAUAGGAUGCGGUUUUUUGGAUAACUGAAAUCUUCAGGGAUAAAAAAAAAUCCUUUAAAGGGUUUCAGAAGCCUUAUUUUUUUUUAGAUAUCCCCUUUACGUAUAGAUGGGAUUAUUAUGAUAAUCCGUAUCUGUUUUAGGAUUUAGUUCCUGUAUGAUGAAUACUGUGUUGUUGCCAUUUUCGUCGCAAACCCACAUGACAAAAUGAUAAGCAAGUGAAUAAUAUCAUUUAAUUCCCGUCACGUAUUGACAGAAUUUAUUCAUUUGUUUGACAUUUAUAUUCGUAAAAAAAUGAUUAUUACAAAGAAAAGUGAGUGGGUUUGUAAUCCCGAUAAAACUAUGAUAAACACACCAACCUCUGAUAGCUUUAAUAUUACAACUGAAUUCUCAUGUUCUCUAUUUAUUGCAUUUAGCUAUAAGUAUCGAUCUUCAUUUGUUUGUUAAUCUGUCUUUGUUUUCAUUUGAUUGUUAAGUGUUUUUGUUGACUUUUGUUAAUAGAAAUAUGUUGUCAA